GAUAAAUUAGUAGGUCAUAUCGAAGCAUCAAAUAAAAUUUAAGUAGAAAGACCUAGGGAAUUCUAACAAGGAAAACUGGCGAUGCCAUAUUUUCUUUUCCCCACCAAUCAGUGACAAUGGCAGAUUACCUUCAGCCUAAAUAGCCACGUGAAAAUUGCAUAAACACUCGACAGAAACUAGUCAAGCUCUCGUUAUUUCGGAUGGAAAAAAGGACUGUUUAAUGACCGAAGGAAGAAGAAUAAAAAGUCCCUAAGGUUGGUGCGGUAAAAAGAGUAAGAAAAAACUUUGGUUACGAAGAUCGGCCAAAAUCGCGGGAAACGUAUCCCGUGAGGUCGAGAAGCCGAAGUGAAGCUUACUGCUGGAAGUACGUUUGGUACAUGAAAACGUGGCAUAUUUUGGAGAAUUGAGGUAACCCUCGAAAAAUCGGCCAUCGCGGCUAUUUUCAGCGGUAGUGGAAAUUGUUUUCGACGUACACGUCUCGAAGGUACGCUUGGUGUUCCUGUAAUUUGCAUCGAACGACUCGUGGGAAGUUAAACUUCCAUGAUCUGGAGGAUCUCUUUGAUUGGGAUACGAGAUAUCCUCUUCUAACGGGUCACUAUGAGCUCGUCUGAUGCAGAGGCCCAUGAAGAGAGUUCAACGGAAAAUUCAGAGUCAAGUGAUCAUGACAAAAGCGACAAGGAGUCGAGAGAGGCAUCUGAUACUAGCAAGAAAAAGAGUACUUUACGUUCAAGCAUCAAUUCACCUGGUACUAGCCGUUACGGUCGUGCUAUUAAACCCAAGUCUCCUAAGAACAUGCCUAUAGUCUCUUCUCCAAAGUGGCUUUUUGUUUGGAAUUUUGUACAACUAAUGAAGGUGCUAUAUUACGUCACAUUCGCCAUGUUUACAAUGAAUUCUAAAAUACCAAAGAUACGUAGAGCUCAGGCUUCUAUUGAAAAUGCCAAUGGUAUAUUAGACAAUAGUUUCAAGGACAGUAAAAAGCCAGAACAAGAAGAACCUCCAAUGGCUCCAUCUGUAGAACAAACAAAUAUUCCUAUAACUGAAGAAGCUUCUGUCCCAAAAGUAGACAGAGAAACGAUAGACUGCAAAUGGAAGGUGGGUCAAUUAGGUUGGGCACGAGUUGGUACUUUUCCUUUUUGGCCAUGUGUUGUAACAUUGGAUCCUGCAACAUUCUCUUACCACAAAAUAAAAUCAACCGGCAGAGCACAGACGAUAAUGAUACACGUUCAAUAUUUCGGCGAUAAGGGACGCCACAGCUGGGUCUCGUCGAACUCAAUGAUAGCAUUUACCGGUUUUGACGAUUUUCAAAAGCUUGCUGAGUCGGUCACUCAGACAAUAAAAAAGAAGCAUCCUAAGUACGCAGCAGCGUUUUUGGUCAAACCAGGAAUAAAACAAAAAUGGGAGAGAGCGGUUUCGGAAGCUGCGGAGGUUUUACCUAUGACAGAUCUAGAAAGAUCUGAAGUCUUCCAACCUACAGUGCAGGAGUCGAAGUCAAAAUCGCCAAGAGUCAUGAAACUGAAUUAUAAGCCCAAGAAAAGGAGACUUUCGAUUGAUUCGAAUGAGCCUCUUUCAAAACGCAAUAAGCAAGACAGUUCAAACGAAGGGGACCAAGAAGAGAUUUCAGAAAAAUCAAAGAUGAAGAGACAGAAGCGUGAAGAUGAAGCAAAUAAUGAGAAAAACGACAUCAGCAUCAAUGCAGAAACACCGCCAACUCCACCGUCAAGUCACAAGGAUUCCAGUGAUGAAGCAGCACCAGUGCCAAAGCCAAAGACCAAGAGACGUAAAAAGGAACCAGAUGGAGACUUUGAAACGUAUUUCGAGAGAAACCGAGAUAUGGUAGAGGACGAGCAGCCUGAUGCUACGGAGGCAGAAAUAAGACGGUAUUUAAAAAAAACUUGGGAUGCAUUAAACCCUUUGUUACGAAAAAAGUAUCAGUCUAGUAUGAAGCCCAGGAGUAGUACGCCGACGGACACGUUAACCGAGAAUGAAACAGACAGUCAGGAAGUUGUAACUCCUAGAGAAAACAAAAGAUUAAAGUCAAAAAGUGAGAAGGUUAGCCUGGUGACGAGUAAAGCUGAGAAAUUAUCAUCAAUGACAAGUAAGGCUGAGAAAAUAAGCCUAGUUGUAAGUAAAGCUGAGAAAUUGAGUGCGAUGGGGAAUAAAGUGGAUAAAAACGAAAGUGAAGAAACAAGUGGAACUGAGACAGUGAAAAAGACAAGACCCUAUAACCUAUUCAAGGGAACAAAAUUAGAACGCGUUUGUCAAAUUUGUGAGAAAACUGGUAAACUGACUAGGUGUCGAGGACCUUGUUAUUCCUACUUUCAUUUAUCUUGUGUGAAACCUGGCGAAUCUAGUCCAGAACACAGUAUGGACGGUAGCAUCGCUGAAGACGAUGUUCUGAAUGGAAAAGUGGAAACAAAGGAAAAUCAUGUUGAGGACGAUGAUAAUGACUCCAAUGAUAAAGGAGACGGAAAGAGCGAUGAGCAAUCGGAAGAAGAAACAUUCAAAUGCAUAGACUGCUUAUCUGGCGUAGCACCAGCAUGUUUCAUAUGCAACGAAAGAGAAACUGAUAGGAUGAGGUGCUCUGUCUUUGCUUGCGGAAAGCACUAUCAUCCAGCUUGUUUAAAGGCGUGGCCUCAAGCUCACUGGCAGGGCGGUCGUCUCUCAUGUCCAUAUCACGUAUGUCAUACUUGUAGUUCAGACAAUCCUCAGGAUAGUCACUCGCGUUCCACAACUGAAAAACUAGCACGCUGCGUUCGCUGCCCUUCCUCUUAUCACACGUCGACAUCGUGUAUACCCGCUGGUUCGGUUAUAUUAACUGGCAGCCAGGUCAUCUGUCCCAAACAUCUUAAAUCGCCUCAGCCUCCUUUGAAUGCAGCUUGGUGCUUCUUGUGCACUCGUGGUGGGAGUCUUAUAUGCUGCGACACGUGUCCAACAUCCUUUCAUCCAGAAUGUCUAGGUAUCGAUGCACCUGACGGUGCAUUUAUUUGUGAAGAUUGUGAGACUGGCAGAUUACCGCUCUACGGCGAAGUUGUCUGGGUUAAACUUGGUAAUUAUCGUUGGUGGCCUUCACGUAUUUGUUAUCCGUAUGAAGUUCCACAGAAUGUGGCUGCGAUUGCCCACAGUCCAGGAGAAUUUUGUGUUAUGUUCUUAGGAACUAAUAAUUAUUACUGGGUCCAUAGGGGAAGAGCAUUCCUAUAUCAAGAUGGUGACGCCAGUACAAAAGUCACUGCCGGUAAAAGAAACGUUGACGAAGCCUACAGAAAAGCCCUGGAGGAGGCCAACGAGGUUCAUCAACGUUUAAAAACUGAAAGGGCUGCCGCCAAGGAGUAUGGACCAAGACUGAAACCUCCACCGUACGUCAAAUUAAAAGUUAACAAACCGGUGGGUAACGUUAAACCUACUGAGGUAGAGAGUAUGGUAGCUUGUGACUGUGAUGCAGAAUGGGACAAUCCAUGUGCACCGGAUACGGACUGUCUUAAUCGUAUUCUUUCUGUCGAAUGUAACCCUGCAAUCUGUCCUGCUGGGUCAAAGUGUAAAAAUCAAGAUUUUGUAAGGCGGCAGUACCCUGGUAUGGAGCCUUUCCAUACUGCUGGCCGCGGUUGGGGACUCAGGAGUCUUGAGUUUAUUAACGCCGGCCAAUUUGUCAUUGAAUACGUGGGCGAAGUCAUCGACGAGGCUGAGUACAAGCGUAGAUUGAAUCACAAAAAAGAGCUAAAAAACGAGAACUUUUAUUUCCUGACUAUAGAUAAUUAUAGAAUGAUAGAUGCAGAACCUAAGGGUAAUCUGAGUCGUUUUAUGAAUCAUUCGUGUCAGCCAAAUUGCGAAACACAAAAGUGGACGGUGAAUGGAGACACGAGGAUUGGUUUGUUCGCUCUACGAGAUAUAGAUCCUGGAGAAGAGCUUACGUUUAAUUACAAUUUGGCCUGCGAUGGUGAAACAAGAAAACCAUGUCUUUGCGGUGCACCAAAUUGCAGUGGUUUUAUAGGACUUAAGGUACAGAAACAGCAGCUGACUACGAUACAACAGAAAAAAAUAGAGAAUGCUGAAAAAGUUAAACGUCAGAGAAGAUGGCGAAAAAUUUUGUGCUGGUUCUGUGGUGGUUCAUUUACAAAUACCGAGGAUAUAUUAAAAUGUGAUCAGAAGACUUGCAACAAGAGAUAUCACAAGGUCUGCGUAAACAUUGAAGACUUCGACAGCAGGUUUAGCUGUCCUUGGCAUCACUGCGCAGAAUGUGGUCGCAGGACAUCUGCACAUUGUUCUUUUUGUAGCACUGCUUUCUGUCAAGCCCAUCUCGAUGGCAAUCUCAUGGAGUAUGGAGACAAGGGAGGUUUUACCUGUAAGCUACACGAAGGUACGGUUUCUACAAAAUCUCCACUGGAAGACGAGAAGGAGGAUUCGGGUAACGACACAGAAACCGAAAAGGAAUGUUCUUCAAGAGGUUCCAGUAGCCCAAUUCUAACAAACAGCCCAGUCCACAGAGAACCUUCUCCCAGAGUCUCAAUUGUAGAGGUUCAGUUGAGCAGCGAAGAGGGUGAAGAGUCGCAGAAGGAGGAUGAUGAGGAGGAAAGCGGAAGUACGUCUAAGGGCGCACCGGAAGUUGGGCCAGGAGUAUCAAGGAAAAGAGUGUCGAAUCGUAUAUCAUUGAGAACGCAACGCGAGGAGGAAAGAAUUAGAACACUGAAUGCUCUGACGUCUAGUCAACUGGAAGCUAUUAUCGGCGGAAGUUUGGUUGAGGUUAACCAGACCACUUGAGGAUAAAUAACAACGGCGAGACAGUCGACGAAACCGAGGAGCAAGACUGAUGAGUGUCCAUGGCUGAGCCAUUGGAUGUGAAUAAGAUUUAUGUACUUGUGGUGUAGCAAAGUGAAUGAAAGUGUACGGGCUGGUAAUUUAAUGAUAUAUAGAAAACAAACAUAAUGAGAACCCAAACUGUCUAGUCUCCUGGAUAGUAAGGUUGUCUUCUACAUCCUGGUGAUCAUUUGGAUUUUAUUGGGGUUAACUGGGUGGUUAUAUAUAUAUAUAUAUUAUUGAGAUUGUUGCGAGGGGUGACAGUUUCUAUUUAAGAGAGUGGCUCGUUGCUUUGUAACUACUCGCUGCCACAAAGUAAUCUAGCAGGAUAUAUGUUAGUGGGGCCCAAGUUUUAGUUUUAUUUUUCCUGUUAAAGCGUCUCAGACAUUUGGACUAUUAUGAUGUUAGAAUAAGCAUUUUGACACUGCCUUAUAUGAAACUUUUAAUUUUCUAUUGAUGAUACACAGUUACUAUCGGGAUAUCUGUUUAUAAGGAGUCUUUAGAAUUUACUCUGCAAUUCUGUGGACCGAUAGUUGCUGGUGUUGACGAAUUUUAAUAUGUUAUCUUUGAAAGGAAUACACGGUAAGAUCAUUUUAUUUUAUAAUCAAGAGCAAGGAUGGCGCCUAGACCAAAAUACAGUUUUUUUAAAGACUGCCAAAAGAUUCUACUGUUUUCCCCGUUUGUCAUUCAUCAACGCAUUGGAUGAUUAAAUUGUUUCUUUUAGUAUCAUACAUAAUCAUCAUUGCAAUUUUAACCAUUUGUUAUUAUCGAAAUUUAUUGUUACCGAGCGGAAAUUGUCAACUGAUUUUUUUAUGUUUAAGAAGUAAAAAUAUAUACAUAUAUACAAUA